AUAUCAGAGUAAUACAGGACCGGAACAUUGGUCUGCGGUAGAGCAUGUACUCAAGUACCUACGUAGGACUAAGGAGUACAUGUUGAUUUACCAGGCAGAUGAAUUGCUUCCUUUGGGUUACACCGAUUCUGACUUUCAGGCAGUCCGAGACGAAAGCAAGUCAACCUCAGGGUUUGUGUUUACUUUAGGAGGAAGAGCCAUAGUACGGAGGAGUGUCAAGCAGAAAUGCGUGGCAGACUCAACCAUGGAGGCUGAGUAUGUAGCAUCCUCAGAGGCAGCGAAAGAAGCAGUCUGGCUCAAGAAUUUUCACCUCGACCUUGAUGUGGUGCCGAGUUUGCCCGUUGCGAUUACAUUGUUCUUUGAUAACAGCGGAGCAGUAGCAAAUUCGAAGGAGCCACGGACUAAUAAAGCGAGUAAACACAUAGAGUGCAAGCACCGCCUGAUACGAGAAAUUUUUAGACUAGGAGAAGUUGUUGUUGCCAAGAUACAGUCAGAGGACAACCUAGCAUAUCCUUUUACGAAGAGCCUACCGGCGAAAGUCUUUACAAGACACGUAGAAGAAAUGGGAUGUGUAGAUACGGGAGCCACUGAUCAUGUCUGCAAUUCAAUGCAGAGGUUCCAGGAAAUCGAGCGACUUAGGGAAGGAGAAGUUACCAUCUACUUUGGUGAUGCUAGUAGAGCGUCAACAGUUGCAGUGGGAGACGUCUAUUUAGAUUUUGGCUUAGAUAGGUUUCUAGUUUUGAAAGAUUGUCUUUAUGCUCCUAGUUUUAGAAAGAACUUAAUUUCAGUUUCUAAGUUGUUUAUGAACAGUUUUUCUGCUACUUUCGAUAAUAAAGUUGUUAUUUGUUUUGGCAAAAAGUUCAUAUGUUCUGGUUCAUUA